AUGAGGCCGUGGAGCCAUUAUCUUCUAGCAGUUUUGCUGGCUGCAACUUUGCCGCAUAUUUACGCCUUCAGCAUUCGGGAACUUAUAAAAGGAGGAGGCAAACGAGGAGAUAGUUCCACUCCUUGCCCUACUUGGCAUCCUUUUGAAUGUCCAUCCGGAGAAUGUGUUCCAAUUAAGUACCUUUGUGAUGGAUCUCCUGAUUGCUCAGAUGAGUAUGAUGAGAAUAAAAGCAUGUGUACAGCUGCCAAUCGCCCACCUGUAGAAGAGACAGCGGCUUUCUUGAAAGCCUUAAUGGCAGCUCAUGGCAAAGACUUUCUCGUGAAGGUGUUUGGUUCGAAAGCUAGAGGAGAGCUUGUUGGUCUAGGUGGUGUGGAUAAAGUGGCCGUAGCUUUAUCCCAAUCUCCUACAGCUGACAUAUUUGGACAAGAAAUGGGUUUUACGGAAGAUGAAAUUAAUCACAUGAUGAUGGUCUUGGAAGGCAUUUUGAAUGGAUCCACCGAGGAACUCACCAGUAACGAAGCCGCUGAUUUCAAGUUCUUCGUGCAAAAGCUUCAGGAAACCGGCUUUUUCUAA